UCCAAAUCACAGUCAAAGUAGCCCCCACCAAGAGUCUCACAGACGAACCUGUUCCAAAUUUCACAAGUCACAAUCUUUUUCACCUUUCUACAGGGUCAACAUCAACACAUCUCCACAAUUAUUCAAUUUUUUUCUUUUGCUAUAUUUUCCAAGAUGCUAAGUGAUCAAAACUGUUUUUCGGAGUUGAAGCGCGAUCUCUACGAGAGCUGGCUGAUCGUGUUCAUUGGGAUGUUCGUGCGGUGGAAUCAGUGGCGUCUGCUGACCAAUGACCCCGCAUUGCCGCUCGAUUCCAGGGAUGUCGCCGUUUCCACGGACGAUGAUCAACGCUGGAAGGACCUGUACUUCGGCUGUGGCGUUCUGAUGGCCAUCCUGCAGUACAGACCACUGUAUGUCCGGCGAUGUCGUCAUCGCGUCAACCUGCUAAUGCUGCUGGCCGAGACGUGGCUGCUGCUCCAGCUGGUCGAGUAUCUGGAUAGCCGGCUGUGGAUGCCCUUUCUGGGCAUCAUCCGCGAAAUGUUUUUGGCCAUGGGACGGGCCGAAUGGGGCUCCUGGCUCAUCCCCCACCUUCCGGCAGUUUGCGUCGACUGGCUCCUGAGCGGCAGAGCCUUCAAUUCCUUCCACUUGAUCUCCUCGUUUGUGAUCUUUAUCGCCGCCUUCGACUCGACACUCAAAUACUGGAACAAGACGGUUAACUUCCUGCUGCUCGGCUGCCUUCCGGAAACUGCAGCCCUGGGUCUAUUCCUCCAUGAGGCACGGCAGCAGAGGUAUAUCUCGCGGAGGAUGAGAGGUCUGCCACCGGAUCCCAUGCCCGAUGCCAUGAUAGCCAGGCGCAUGUGCAAGGCCUGUCAACGCGAUAUAAAUUAUGCGCGGUGGGCUCAGCAAUCAGUCAACAAACACGAUCCUUUUGGCAACCUAACAACCUGACAUCCUGAACACCCAUUGACCAUCGAAGAGGACUCCCAAAGACUGUAUGAAAACUUUAAAGACUUCCGAAGAAAAACAGCCGUAUCAAACUUGAAGAUAAAUUCAGCUUUUUCACUAAAAUGUGAUGGACUAUAUUUAAUUAUCAAAUUAUCUUAUUAACUUGUGACACUAAUAUUAAUAUAAAUCAAAAUUGUCUUGGGACGUUCCAAAAAUGGAAGUUGAUUACAUUUGUUUGGGAGAUAGUUUCUAGUUACCAUUGAUGUUUAAAAACAGCUUAAUCCCGUGAUACCCAAUAUUUCUGUUUAUGUUUACCUGGCCAACCCGUAAGUUAGACCGACAAAAUUUCCGAGAAGCCCUUCUGCUUGAAGCUCCCAACACAAGACAAUGAAUUGUCAGCCAACCGCUUAAUCAUAAACAAUGGAGGCAUAGCCAAAUACCGCACAAAGUCAUCGGUCUUGGGCCCUCAUACUGCCGGAAUAACCGCAGCUUCAAAUUUCGCGCCCAAAGAUGACACCGACCACCGACGUGGACCGCAAAUUGAAUGGGAAUGGGGAAGCUGCCUAAUUAUUGGGUUUGGCCGGAGAUGGAUAUGGGGUAAUAAUGUUUACCCGGGGAACGCAAUCCACAAAUCCACAAAUCCACAUACCUGCCGCUCAUGUGUGUGUGCUCAUCGAACGCUG